AUGGCUCACCAUUCAUUUGGCCCCACCUGUGUAUACUACGACGAUGAGCCUGAUUCAUCUCAACCUCAAGGUCCGAGCCCGCCAAGAGUUAAAGCUCAAUUCUUCUAUGUAUCCUCCCUCUCUAUAGACGAUCCUCUUUCUCCCUUACCACCGGCCUCUACGGACAAAGCAACAGACCUUCCACCCCGACCAUUUUCAGCUCGAGACAAUGCGUCCUUAGAAGAAUCGUGGCAAGCCUUUCAGAAUGGGGAGAACAGUGGUGCAAGACACCGGAGUGGAAAGACAAAGGGGAAUACCGCACGAGGUGUCUUUUCUUUUCCCGAGUUCAGAGACGCUAGUGGCUCUUCAAGCUUAAGAUCCCCGGCGACAGACUCGGAGAGGCCAGGAAGCAGGAUGUCUGGUACCGGCUUAAAGUCUUCCAGGAGACCUUAUCCUUCAGAGUCAGAAGUCAUGUUGGAUCAUGGUGCUUCCGACUCUAAAAGGGAUCCAACCCCUGUCAGCGUGAAAGCCUUACAAGAUAAUGAUGAUCCUCCAAAUCAGGUCCAUAAAGAGCCCGCCAAACAUAAGAGACGCUUCUCUCCGUUCCGUCACAGACACAAAGACAAGGACAGUCGUGACUCUUCUUCUAAAUCGCUCCCAAAAGAGGAUGUUCAACGAACGGCAACUCAGACAUCCGUGGGAUUGGAUUCCGACAUUAGCGGUCGACCAUUUGCCCGGGCCCCGAGUGGACGCACGAUCAGUUCGGCUUUCAACAACACUGGUGGACAGCCUAUCACUUUUGCAGAUGAAUCUGACGACGGAUCAAGCAAAGAGAGGAGUCGGUCUCGAAGCUCCGGGUGCCGUCGUCGCAAAGAAAAAGAUCAAGAAAAGGUUUUUGUACCUGUCGGAGUUUCCCGACUUCAUCUCGUGGAAAUGCCUGAUCUCAUCAUGAAACCUAUUUACUGGUCUCCCAUCAAUGACAAGUCAAGUGUCAUCCGAGCCACUUGGUUCUACAAAGACACCAUGUUACCAGUUCCUGCCGAGGUAGCUAACAGGUUGGAAGUCGGCUAUGAGUAUAUCAAACCGUACGGGGAGUCUUACCAGGAAGAAUUGCAGGCUUGUACUGAGAAUGGUGCAUCAGCAGAAAUGAAAGUGGUACAUAAACUGUGGCCCGACGACCCAAUGUCAAGCAGACCCCCGACUGCCCUCGAUAUGAAGGAGAAUCAUCAAGAGGAAAAUCAGGGACUGUCCGAACAUCUACCGGAAACAGUCGUUAAUGUAGCGGCGGAUCCACAAAGGACUACCGAGAGACGGCUGUUCGGAACACACAGUGUGAUCUAUACCGAUGCCAGAAAUGCUCAGAUUCUAAGGCCGAACCUCUUACCUUCCAUCACCAAAAAUCGCCGACCAUUGAGUUCAAUCCGGAAAGGCAGACAGAUUGGUGUGGCAGUCGUUCGUGGCUUUGAUCGCAAGGCUUGGUCGAAGAUUCACCCAGACCCUAAGAUGGACGCGAAAAUGGCUCACGCCAAAGCGGGAGCGUAUAUGUCUCGAUCAGGAGAUGCCACCACUCGAGGACGGCGGAUGUCUUGUGCGGCCUGUGAGGAAGAGACCAAAACCCCGAAAGUGUCUGAUUUGGUACUUGUGAUUCAUGGUAUUGGUCAGAAACUGUCCGAAAAGGUCGACAGUUUCCAUUUUACUCAUGCUAUCAACGGCUUGAGGCGCGAGUUUAAUGUUGAAUUGUCGACUGAAGCAGUGAAGGGUAACUUACGAGACGGAGCAGGGAUCAUGGUUCUCCCUGUGAAUUGGCGAUUGACUGUGUCUUUUGACGACGAGGUAAAUUCUACCAACCAGGAUACGGAGAACAAGUAUGCAUUGAAAGAUAUCACCCCAGACAGUCUUCAAGGAGUCCGUUCCUUGAUCAGUGAUGUGAUGUUGGAUAUCCCAUAUUAUAUGUCGCAUCAUAAGGAAAAAAUGACAUCGGCAGUCAUUCGCGAGGCCAACCGAGUCUACAGGCUUUGGUGUCGCAACAACCCAGGAUUCGAGGACUAUGGUCGAGUUCAUCUUGUUGCCCAUUCACUUGGAUCAGUCAUGGCCAUGGAAAUCCUUAGCGAACAACCGACCCGAAUUGGGAAAGACAUGAAGUUGAACAGCAAAAAGCCGAGCGAGAAAUACUUCGAGUUCGAUACCACCAACCUGUUCUGUUGUGGGAGUCCGUCAGGUUUCUUCUUGCUCCUGAAUAACGCCAAUCUUGUUCCGCGUAAAGGAAGAAACAAGCCUGGUAUGGGAGGCGAAGAUCGACAACCGGGGAUUGCCAGUGAGGCAAAAUACGGCUGUCUUGCAGUCGACAAUAUUUACAACAUUUGUCAUCGAAACGAUCCGAUUUCCUAUUUACAAAACGCAUCAGUCGAUCAGCUAUACGCAGCAUCACUCCAGCCAGCUGCUAUCCCCAGCGCAAGCGUGAGUUUCAUGACCCGUCUCGGAAACAGUCUGCGCUUGGCAUCCACGUCCGCCUCGGAUGCCUACAGAACUGUGGCUCCCACGAGUCGCCCGGAGCUCCAACACAUACCUAGCACAGUGGAAUUGGAAACCCAUAAUUUCACUCGAGAGGAAAUAGCUGAGAAGCGAAUGUUUCUGCUCAACGACAAUGGACAGAUCGAUUGGUUCCUCAAUGCUGGCGGAGGGCCUCUCGAAAUUCAGUAUCUUAACAUGCUCAGUGCCCACAGCAGCUAUUGGACCUUGCAAGACUUUGUACGGUUUUUGGUUGUGGAGAUUGGCAGGGAGCCUGGACGGAAACAUACCUUGCCGGUUCUCAGAGCCGUGAAGAGGAGAGAAUAUAAGCGGGGCAUUAUUCCUUGA